AUGGGCAUUGUUUCUAAUGUAGGAGGACGUCGGUUCAAGUGCGCUGAAGCGCAUUAUCUUCCUAUUUAUGGGUUGAGGAGGGGUUUUGGAAGAAAUUUAGAGACUAAUCUGCAGUUUUUCACAUACAAAGAUCUCGAGCAUGCCACGAACCGGUUCAGUGAAGAACUUGGAAGAGGAGCUUUUGGCACCGUUUAUAAAGGAGAAUUGCCAUCAAUCUAUGGAAAUCGUGUUGCAGUGAAAAAACUAGACAAGUUUGCUCAAGAUGGUGAAAGGGAAUUCACAACUGAAGUGAAGGUCAUCGGCCAAACUCACCACAAGAACUUGGUCAGGUUAAUUGGCUACUGUGAUGAAGCUGAACAUAGACUUCUGGUCUAUGAGUUCAUGCAAAAUGGCUCAUUGUCAAGCUUCCUUUUCGGAGUUCCAGGGCCUAGUUGGCAACAAAGAUUGCAAAUUGCGUCAAUGAUUGCUAAAGGCCUUGCAUACUUGCAUGAAGAAUGCAGCAAACAAAUCAUCCAUUGUGACAUAAAGCCACAAUAUAUACUAUUGGAUGAGUCCUUCACAGCAAAAAUAUCCGAUUUCGGGUUGGCAAAGCUUCUGAUGAACGACAAAACCCGAACCAAGACCGGCAUACGAGGGACUAAAGGCUAUGUAGCACCAGAAUGGUUCCGAAACACCCCGGUUACUGUCAAGGUUGAUGUUUACAGCUUUGGGGUGAUGUUGUUGAUCAUAUGUUGCAGAAGAUGUGUGGAAGUUGAAAUGGAGGAAGCAGCAAUAUUAACAGAUUGGGCUUUCCAGUGUUACAGCGAAGGGAUGAUUGGAAAACUGGUUGAAAAUGAUGAAGAAGCUAGAAAUGAUGUUGAGACAUUGGAGAUGUUAUUAAAAGUGGCUAUUUGGCGUGUGCAAGAAGAUCCAUUGUUAAGGCCUUCCAUGAGGAUUGUUGCAAAGAUGCUUGAAGGUGUUGUCCAAGUUCCUAAUCCACCAUGUCUUUUUCCACUCAAUUCAAUGUCAAUGUCUGUGUCUACGAAAAUGAUCUAGUUUUGAAUGUUGUUAAAACUGGACUGGGAAUAGGUUAAAAAAUUAGUACAAUUUGAAGCUAACGUUAACUUCUUUCCACAAACGUCGCUAAAGAUUAUGACCUUUAGCGGCGCUUCCUCCAUGAACGCCGCUAAAGCUCAUGGCCUUUAGCAGCACUUCCACCACAAACGCCACUAAAAAUAUGACUAUUAAAAAAAUAUUUUAAUUAAAUAAUAUUUAUUUCUAUGAUAAA